ACGACGGUGCUUCUCUCUUCUUCUCCUUCUUCCACGAUGAACCGAGCCAACUGUGGUAGCAGCACGGAUCGAUGACGGUGGAGGAUGGCAGGGAUUGAAGACGGUCAAGCUCAGAGGGAGGGUCACGGCAACGGCGCGAAUUCGAAGGUGGUACCGGCGAUGGCGACGACAAGGAACUGGUGGCGCGGAAUCGAUGAUGGGUAAGAUGGUCUGGUGGGGGACCAACGCUACUAUGCGGUGCAGCGACGGGAGAUGCAGUGACGGCGCUGGCGAUCAGCGAACGGGAUGAGGAUCGGCGGUGAGGAGCUGACGGGAGAGGGCACAGAGCAAGCGAGCAGGGGAGGGUGGAGGCGAGCGGUGGCGAUGACAAGUGAUAACCACGGCGAAGCUGCGGGGGCGAGGGGAUUGGCCGUGGGAAGUAAUUACCGGCAGAGGGAGGGCUUCACUGCACUUCCUAUCACUCCCCACUACCCAUUCCACAAUAUAAAACCCUAACCCCCCAAUUCCGCUAUCCCCGCACUACAAAAUUAUCCAGCUCUCUGCAAAUUCUACCUCAAUCACUUCCACUCCGCCGAAAUGACCAAGCUCCCCACUCCUCAACCGCCGCUACCGAUUGUAAUCUUAGAAGUCUAGGCGUCCAACUUGGAAGCCGAAUUCAACCUCAUCCGUGACGAAUGGACGACUUCCCUUUUGGGCUUCGUCUUCUGCCCUCCCCUGCAAUCAACCAGACCAAGCCGAAGAGCUCGUUCACGGAGACGUAGCGGCGGUGGCGCUGGCUACAAUGGACCCGAUCCGCUCUCCCAGGAGAGACCCUUCUCGUGGGUAAGGGAGUGGUCGACGGAACGAAUGUUGAGCAUUUUCAUCGGUGAUGGUGACGGUGGAUAGGGAGAGAUUGCAGCCUAUUGAUAGUGGGAUUUUUUCCAGAAAUACCACUGUUUAAAAAAAAAAUUUCAAAAAU